GUGUGUAGGAACUGCAUCAACACUGUCAACAGAGGAAAUACAUUGUCAUGGAGUUUAUUGUUGAUUUUCUAAGAGUUAAAGUUUUUAUUUUAGCGUUAUUGAAAUGAGACACUGUAACUGGACGUAUGCACAGAUGGUACAGUGUAUCUCGGAACUUUCGCUUCCUCGGAUAAGGCAUGCAUAACGGCCGGCACCCAUGUCCCAUGGAGAGGAGAAAAUAACCCCGAAGAGGAGAAGGAAAAAGAAGACGUCUCUGUUGCCCGGCUCCUAAAGUGAUCAAGCACCCUCAGAGAGAGAGAGAGAGAGAGAGAGAUAGAGAGAGAGGGUAAUAAAGACAGAGGGAGAGUGUAAGGAGGAGGAGGUAAGGAAAGAUCGAAGGGGGAAAGAGGGUUUAAACAGAAACAAAGCAGUGAAACGAGCAAACAAUGGCUUUCUUGGACAACCCAGCCAUUAUCUUGGCCCACAUCCGGCAGUCCCAUGUGACCAGCGAUGACACGGGCAUGUGUGAGAUGGUGCUAAUCGACCACGACGUGGACCUGGAGAAGUGGCAGCUGGCCUCGGUGCCCGGCAGCAGCGGGGGUUCACUGGGUUCGGGCUCCCUAGGCGAAGGGGGCAGCGGAGGGGAGAACCCGGGCUGCGACCUCUCCCAGUCAUUGGACAUCACCUCCAGCUGGGACUUUGGCAUCCGCCGGCGCUCCAACACAGCUCAAAGACUUGAACGGUUAAGGAAGGAGCGACAGAAUCAGAUCAAAUGCAAAAACAUUCAAUGGAAGGAGAGGUCGUCCUCGCAAUCAGCGGAGGACCUGGGUUCCCUGUUUGAGAAGAGGGACUUUAAAGAUAGACCCAGGAACACUGGUACCAAGUCGACCCUCUCUCUCCGACUCGAGCAAUGUCCCCAGCAGCUCAACAACCCUUUCAACGAAUACUCCAAAUUCGACGGCAAGGGCCACGUAGGUACAACCGCAACCAAAAAAAUUGACGUCUACCUCUCGAUGCAGUCUGCACAGGAGAAACUGCAUCCCAUGAUGGUGGUGACCAUCGCCAACGCUCGGGUCCACGACCUCAUUGGCCUCAUCUGCUGGCAGUACACCAGCGAGGGCCGCGAACCCAAACUCAAUGAGAACGUGAAUGCGUACUGCCUCCACAUAGCAGAGGAUGACGGGGAGGUGGACACGGACUUCCCCCCUUUGGACUCCAAUGAGCCCAUCCACAAGUUUGGUUUCAGCACUCUGGCCCUGGUCGAGAAGUACUCGUCCCCCGGCCUGGCCGCCAAGCAGUCCCUCUUUGUCCGAAUAAAUGCUGUCCAUGGUUUCUCUCUCAUCCCAGUGGACAGCCUGAAGGUGACCAUGAAGGAGAUCCUGCAGAAGGCGCUGAAGAAGAGGAAAGGCUCUCAGAAAGGCUCUGGUCCCAUGUACCGUCUGGAGAGGCAGACGGAGCCCAACGUGCCCGUGGAUCUGGACUGUAGCCUGGAGAGCCAGAGCACCCUGGAGUUCUGCCUGGUCAGGGAAAACAGCAUCUCGGGGGAGAAGGUGGAGAUUGACCCCGUCACCAACCAGAAGACCAGUCAUGCAAUAUUCAAGCUCACAUACCUCAGCAACCACGACUACAAGCCCCUGUACUUUGAGUCUGAUGCUGCUACUGUCAAUGAGAUCGUGCUUAAGGUGAACUACAUCCUGGAGUCUCGGGCCAGCACGUCGCGGGCGGACUACUUUGCCCAGAAGCAGCGUAAACUGAGCCGGCGCACCAGUUUCAGCUUCCAGAAGGAGAAGAAGUAGAGGAUAGACCCUGGAGCCACUGUCUGGACCCUGGAGCCACUGUCUGGACCCUGGAGCCACUGUCUGGACCCUGGAGCCACUGUCUGAAGCCCGGACCGUGGAGCCACUCGUCUGAAGCCCGGGACCGUGGACCAC